AUGUACACUCGGAAUGGUAACUUUACAGCCGAAGUCUUGGGUCAGAUGUGUACGGAACAGUGCAAAGCUUCCCUGAAGUCCUACCGGGAAGCCGUUGAGGCCGCCUGUGCAAAUGAUGAAUACGACAGCGCCAAAAACGCCACCAUCAAGGGCAGCUCGGGCUUGUAUAAGCCCAUUGUCCUGCCGGAUUACUACCUCACCAACUACAAUCAGCGCUGCCUAGUCGAUGGCGAAGGCGAAUACUGCAUUCUGAAGCUCCAAAAUCCUGAAGGACUUGAUAAAUGUGAUGAAUGCAGACUCCGGACAUUGCGGGAAAAGCUCAAUAAUGGAUACUUCUAUGCUGACGAUUUGAUGGAGCAAUACACGAGUCGCACUUCAAGCUGCGAAGUCACCACUAUUCCGACCCCUAACCCUUCUAGCGUUGUGAUCUCCAGUGCCGUGGCACCUACUGCAACAGCAAAACCAUGUGAGGGUCGUCAAGUGGCCAUCCAACAGGGGGAUACCUGCGAUAGCUUUGCAGCCGCAAACAACGUCAGUACAUAUCGCCUUCUUAUCGACAAUAAAUUACAGAGCGGGUGUGCAAAUUUCCCCACUGAGGGCUCCCUGUGUGUUAUCGGAAGCUGCCAGACGCACAAUGUCACAAAAGACGAUACCUGCCAAGGCCUUGCGAGCAAAUAUUCCAUCACAAUCACUCAAUUUCGGACUUGGAACCAGGUGCUGAACUCGAGAUGCAGCAAUAUGGAUCUCUUGGUUGGUCAUAUGGCCUGCGUUAGUUAUCCUGGAAAUGCAACUUCUACCAAGAAUCCCUAUGCGACAAACGGAGCCGGAGGGACCGCUACAACAGCCGCGCCUGUGCCCACCAGCUUAGCACCUGACGUCCAUACAGAGUGUGGCAAUUCGCAAGGUGUACGUCCCGUGGGGAACAUCGCGACGUAUCCCGGAUAUGCGACAGCGACUGGUGGCCCAACAACCUCCCGUUGGACGCCAAAGAUGCCUGAAAAGGCCACCGCAUGGAGUGAUCUGCCUAUGGCGACUUUGACACCCUGGACUUCUCUGCCCACGCCCAGUACAAUGCCUCUAGCUAAAGGCACGAGGAAGGAUUGCAAAGAAUACGCGGAUAAUACGUAUGGAGAGGUUCCCUGCGACUGGCUGACCACCCAUGUGUCCGAUAUCCAUUUCGCGGAAUGGAACCCGUCUGUGGUUUGGUGGAACUGUACAUUAGCCAACAACACCCGUUACUGUACAUUACUUGGGGAAGCGUUCAUCGAAGAAAGCGAUCUGGAACCGGUAUAUCUGGACCUUCCCGUGACCGCAGCGCCUAACUCAACUUACGAUUGCUAUUAUUGGUAUACAACCGAAGAAGGUGACACUUGUGAUAGCGUCCUUGAGAUGGCCGACAUUGCGCUCGAGGCUUUCUACGCAUGGAACCCCAGUGUCAAAAGUGACUGCUCGAAUCUGUGGCUGGAUACCUCAUAUUGUAUUUCCGGUGAUGGCUACGAUGACACUUUCUACCCUGCUCCACUGCCCUCGGAAACAUCCACUGCAUUAUCACCUCCACCAACACCGACCUGCACCUGCACAUGCGGCACUGAUACAGUCUCACCAUCUGGAAGACGAGCUCUAAUUCCAGAAGGGAUAUACUGUGUCGACAUUGCCGCGAAGUACGGCAAUUCACUGAACACACUGUAUGAGUUGCAUCCUGCUUUGAACGGGGACUGUAGUGGGUUCUGGCCGGACUACGCAUACUGCAUCAAGGCAACUUUUGAUUAA